AUGCGGCAUCUCAACAUGGAUUCAAAUUCAAGUCAAAGUCGUCCUGGUGACAGCGGUCUCGAUUCAUCAGAGCAUAAAAAUUCUCCAUCUUCUGGUGCGACUAUCUUGGUUGCCUCUGAAUCCGCAAAAUCAGAUAAUCCAAUCGAGACACCCGAUCUAUCUUCUUCGCUGACCACUUCUAAUGCAGGGCCAGAACAAAGUUGCCAAUUGUCUCCCAAUGUUACCACACCCAUAAGCAGCAAUGCCGCAGCCACUAGCAAUGAUGACAUCAGUGCCUCUUCGAUUAUAGCCAGCACAAGC